ACCGGUGGUGUCGACCGCGCGCGGCUCUCCGAAUCGCGGCGUCUCGCGAUGCGGGGCCGCUGUCCGUGGUGCUGAACCAGCCGCCGCCGCCGCCGCCGCGGCUGCUCCUGCUGCUGCUGCAACAGCUGAUCCUCAAACCCGCUCCUGCUGCUGAUUCUGCUGCUGCUGAUUCUGCGGCUGAUUCUAAUUUUGCGGCAGGAACCGAAGCAGCGGGGGACCCUCGAGGCAGACGUCUCCCUCCUGCCUCCCUCGCUCACCGCCCCCCCCCACCCCCCUUGGUGCUAAAGAGCCCGUGGCUCCGUGCGCCCCCGCGUCUCCGACAAUGAGGCACCACUGCGCCCAGGCCUGAAGAUGGAGGACGACUUCUUUCAGCUCAAGCAGCUGCCGGUGGUGAAGUUCCGGCGCACGGGGGAGAGCGAAUUCUCGAUCGAGGACGAGGUGGAGAUCGAGGGCUUGGGAGAUGGACUCGAACCCGUGGAGCUAGGGGCCGGGGCCAGCGUGCCCAAGGAGUUUGCCAAUCCCACCGAUGAUGUGUUCACCGUGGAAGAUGCCGUGGAGGCCAUCGGCUUCGGCAAGUUCCAGUGGAAGCUGUCCGUGGUCACCGGCCUGGCCUGGAUGGCGGACGCGAUGGAGAUGAUGAUUCUCUCCAUCCUGGCGCCGCAGCUGCACUGCGAGUGGCAGCUGCAAAGCUGGCAGGUGGCGCUCAUCACGUCGGUGGUGUUCAUCGGGAUGAUGCUGAGCUCGUCGCUGUGGGGGAACUUCUCGGACCAGUACGGCCGCAAAAUGGGCCUGAAGCUGAGCGUGCUGUGGGCGCUCUACUACGGGAUACUGAGCGCGCUGGCGCCCGUCUACGGCUGGAUCCUGCUGCUGCGCGGCCUCGUCGGCUUCGGCAUCGGAGGGAUUCCUCAGUCGGUCACACUGUAUGCGGAGUUUCUCCCCAUGAAGGCACGGGCUAAGUGCAUCGUCCUCAUCGAGGUCUUCUGGGCCGUGGGCACGGUGGCCGAGGUGCUGCUGGCGAUCGUGGUGAUGCCGACGCUGGGCUGGCGCUGGCUGCUGGGCCUCUCCGCCAUCCCCCUCGUCGUCUUCGCCGUCUUCUCCUUCUGGCUGCCGGAGAGUGCACGCUACGACGUGCUGACGGGCAACACGGACAAGGCUCAUGCGACGCUCAAGCGCAUCGCCACCGAGAACGGGGUGCCCAUGCCCCUCGGCAAACUCACCUCGUCGCAGCAGGAGAAGAGGGGGCGGUUCCAGGACCUCUUCACGCCGCAGCUCAGAGUCACCACCCUGUUGCUGUGGUUCAUCUGGUUCUGCAACGCGUUCUCCUACUACGGCCUGGUGCUGCUCACCACGGAGCUCUUCCAAGCCGGCGACGUCUGCCAUGCGCACACGGAGGGCGACAAGAUGACUCCACACUGUAGCCUCGAGUGUAAAUACCUGAGCAGCACCGACUACCUGGACCUGCUGUGGACCACGCUUGCCGAGUUCCCCGGUGUUCUCAUCACGCUCUGGUUCAUCGAUCUGCUCGGCCGCAGGAAGACCAUGGCGCUGUCGUUCUUCGUCUUCUCAUUGUUCGUCUUCUUGCUCUUCACCUGCGUGAGCAGGACCGCGCUCACGGUCUUCAUCUUCAUCGCGAGGGCCUUCAUCUCGGGUGGAUUCCAAGCCGCCUACGUCUACACUCCCGAGGUUUACCCGACCACGUCGCGGGCGCUGGGCCUGGGCACGUGCAGCGGCCUGGCGCGCGUGGGCGCCCUCGUGACGCCCUUCAUCGCACAGGUGAUGCUGGCGAAGUCGGUCUACCUGUCGGUGUCGGUGUACGGCUCCGUGUGCCUCCUGGCCACGGUGGCGUCGCUGCUGCUCCCCAUCGAGACCAAGGGCCGGGGCCUGGUGGACGCGGCGGGGCCGGGGCCCUGGGGCCAGGAGAUGGAGGGCCGCGUGACCGGCGACGGCUCUCCCAGCGCCGCCUCCGACUGAUCGCGCCGCCCGGCUCGCCGGAGCCGCCGGGGGUCACCGGGGCCGCCGGGCAACGGCGCGGGAGCGGUGGCCCGCCACGGCGCCGUCUUCGCGCGGCGCCGAGCGGUCUCGGCUCGUUCGCUCGGCGUCGAUGGCCGGCGAGCGCCGGUGGAGCGCGGUGGGCGGGGAGCGAUCGACCCCCGCCCCCCGUGUACAGCGUGAAGUGGGUCGUGCCUUUACCGCCCCCAUCCCACCCCGUGAGCCCCCCCCCCAUACCCCUCGUGACCCCCCACAACGACCCUCCUUGUGCGUGCGGCUUACGGUGACGCCGUCCCCUUAGAGUCGAGGUGAAUGUGGUUGUGUUUAACGCGGGGUUGGGGUCGUGGCUUUGGCCGGAGCGGGGUUUGGGUCUCCGCGGUCCGGGCUGUCGGCGGUGGCGGUGGUGCCGGUUCCCCGUGCCGUGGUGCCGUGCACACCGGGUCGCUGGCCGCUGCAGCAGCCGGAGUUCGCGCUGGAGCCGCCCUAACCUGAGUUCGACUCCAGGUUGACUCAUCUUGCGGCACCCAGCACCAGCCACUUGUGACAUCGUCAACUGGGCUGGAGAGUGGUUGAUGUGGGUGGUUGGUGGGAAUGUGGUUGGUGGAGGUGGUUGUUUGGGUGGUUGGUGGGAAUGUGGUUGGUGGAGG